AUGGCCAAGAGGAAGCUCGCUCAGGAGGGGCCCGUAGCCAAGCGGACACGAAAGGGGGGAGAGAAGGAGGCCGUGGAGGUGUCACCGCCGAACGGGGCCCGGGAGCCCGUCUGCGGCGAGCCCCCAGCAUGGGCAGAGUGUCGUCCUGACCUCUGCGACGCCCUUCCCUGGUUCCGCUCGGUCCAGGGAGGGGCGUACCAUGUUGGGGAGCUCAGCUUCGGCUGUCUCAUAGACGCCGACAGCGGCUCCCGGGCCCAUGUUGAUGACGAAACCAUCAUCACCAGAAUCGGUGGGGGUUGCGAAAAGGACCCCAACGGCAAUCUCAUCCUCCUGAAGGACCAGGAUGACUCCGACCGCGCCGUGGCAUCCUAUAUAAAUAGCCAGGCGGUGAAGCUCCCCGUGGGGCUUAUAAUCGGGGAUCGUAACCCCGUGCUGGGGAGGCAACUGCCUCAUAGAUAUAACGUGAUGGGCUACUUCCGCAUCACUCAUAUAUGGUACGAGAAGGUGGGCAAGAGGACCGGCGCAAAGAUCCGCUUCCAGAAGCUGGACCUCGAGAAAAGAAGUUGGUGGGCCGCCAAGGGGUCUCCAGAUCCUCCGCCGGUGAGCGAGCGAGAAUUCUUGCCGCCGGAAAGCCAGAUCUGUCCCGAAUGCACCGUGUCGAGCCCGCGCGUAUAUAACGAAGGUUGGAUGUGUCUCCAACCUUCCUGCUCCCAAUUCUGGAGCAUCAAUGGCUCCCCUCCUCCCAGCGAUCUGACCUACCAUCCUCGCUUUCUGAGUGCUCGUGAGCCCCCUGAUGAGGAAAUUCGGCCACAGUAUAGUCUCGUCCCUGAUCUCCUCUCGACUAUACCAGAGGAAGAUAGAGAUGCCGGUCUCUCUCGUAUUGCUUGGAAAGGCAUCGUCUGUCCAGACUGUCACAAAUGCAUAUCGAGGAGAUUCUGGAGAGGCUGGAAAUGCACGGAUCCUCUGGACAACAAAAGCAGCAGUCGUACCAGCACCAGCAACAACAACAGCCCCACGGGGAGCACCUCCCCCUGUACGUUCGAGAAGAUGAUGCCUAUGCGUCCGGUUUCCUUGCGGUCGGUUGUUUCCGAUUUCGAAAUUGGCGCGAUUCAACGCGCUGUGUUUGUCAACUCCAAGCUCAUCCAGCCGAAGCGCGACUUUUCGGGACCAUAUGCGAAAUACACAUACGAGCUCAAGGAUAUCGGCACUGUGACCCACUUUAUCGCGAAUAGAGAAGUUCUCUCUCGGCCCAAUGGUCCGAAUGACCUUUUCGAGCAGUUGCAACUUGUCGAUCUUGGGCUUCGUCGCUAUCCUUUGCAGCAGAGCGUCGCGGCAGUGGCUGGGACUCUAACAUCGCACUUCGCUGUCAACUACGGAAUGCCGUAUAAAUAUGUUGUCUCCGUCGAUUCCAAAGGAUUUGAUGAGGCACCACCUGAAAUCAUGCGGGCAUUGGGCCGUCUUACUUGGGCAACGGAGCAAGCUGUCACUGCUACUGGCGAUGAGUUUCUGCCUCCAAAUGAGCUGUUGGCUUUGGCGUACUUUGAAGAAAUGUCCAUUGGCUACCAUGACGAUGGCGAAUCAUCUCUCGGUCCCACGAUCGCAACUCUUUCUCUUGGAGCGAAGGCCACUAUGAAGAUCCGUCUGAAGGAUAAAUAUUUCAGAGGCUGCUCCGCGUCAAAGAAGCUUCUCCCAGAAGACAUUGUACUUCCUGGUUGUGAAAAGUACGACGAACGGAAAGAACUGAAGGCCAAGUUUGCGAACAAAGAGAUCACCGAAAAGGAGUACAACGAACGCCGUCUAGAGAUCAUCAAGAGUAUGAAGCGGAGGGAGGGAUCUCCGGUUAUCAGCCUGGAGAUUCAUCACGGAGACCUGGUGGUCAUGCACGGCGCAGACAUGCAAAAGUAUUACGAGCACUCCGUCAUUCCGGAAAAUAAACUUCGAUUUGCCUUGACAUCGCGGUACAUCAAGCCAGAUCAGGUAGAACAAAAGGACCUUCACAAGGGAAACUUCACACUUGGUCCCGAUGAAGUCUACCACGGCCAGUGA